GGAGACGGAGUGUACAAGGAGAGAAAGAGAGAGAGGUGGUGGUGGUGGUGGGGGGCAGAGAGAGACGAGCGCUCCGGUCUCGCAGAAGUGUUGAACGUGGGCUACAAGCGCGCACAGGGGGGAGCGCAGAGAGGAGGUGAGCGCGUGUAGACGCUCAAGCUUCACGUUUACAGCCUCCUUCCUGAAGAGUCACAGCACCAAACAGAGCAAAGGAAGAGUGGGGAGGGGGGAAACAAACUAACAGCAGAGUCUGUGACAGAACUCCAGCCCUCCAAACCCAAGCUGGGACCAAGGAGAAACAAGAAAGAAGAGCAGACUUUUUUUCCCCUCCCUGACUCUGCUCUGGAACAGAGGAGAAGACCAACCAUGAAUGUCAGCGAUGAGAACCUGCUGAAGUCCAUCAGUAACGACGCGCUCCUGGACCUGACGCAGCGCUACGGCCAGUCAGCCUUCGGCUUCGGCCCGGGCCACGGCGCCGGGAGCCCCGGCCGCUUCCCGCUCACGCCGGCCGCGGACUUCCUCUCCGGGCAGACGGCGAAGUCCAACGAGAGCGGCGGGGAGCACACGAGCGACGACGAGGACGGGUUCGACUCGCUGGAGUCCCGGAAGAGGGGCUCCUCGUUCGGAGACGACAAACCCGGGGGGGCCCUGGCCAAGAAGUCCAAGGAGCAGCGGUCCCUGCGGCUCAGCAUCAACGCGCGCGAGAGGAGGAGGAUGCACGACCUGAACGACGCGCUGGACGGCCUGCGCUCCGUCAUCCCCUACGCCCACAGCCCCUCGGUGAGAAAACUCUCCAAAAUAGCCACCCUCCUCUUGGCCAAGAACUACAUCCUCAUGCAGGCUCAGGCUCUGGAGGAGAUGAGGCGGCUGGUGGCCUAUCUGAACCAGGGACAGACCAUAACCUCACCCAUCCCCACCGCCCUGGCGCCCUUUGGACAGGCGGCCGUCUACCCGUUCUCGGGCUCCGCGCUCGCCACCACCUGUGCCGAAAAGUGUUCCACUUACUCCGGCGCGCCGUCAACUCUCUUCAAACACUGUAACGACAAGCCUUGACUUGCUUCAUAUUUUCUUUCAUUUUUUUCCUUAUUUUUUUCUCUCUUUUUUUGUUCCUGAACUUUUACAUCAUGUACUGCACCUGUGUCGGUCUCUGUCCCACUCUAGUUCAAUUAAGAAUUAAUAAUAAGAAGAAUGAUGCUAAUUCUGUGGAAGUUAUUCUGAUGCGUAAAAUGUUCCAUCCAGGUUUAACGCGACAAGAAAAAAAAACUGUUAAGGCCUUCUGCGCGGCUUUAAAUGCGCCACAGGCCUAAUUAUCCUCCCAAAACUAUUGAUCUGAUUAUUUUUCUUUAAAGGGAAUCUUCUGUUAUGAUUUGUAAUCUAUGCAACAUCCAACAAAUAAUGAAUAAAAAGCGACAAAACUCCCAUCUGAUCCUCCUGAUUGACUUUUAUGCUGCUAAAAAUAAUGAUCUGUUUUYAUGUUUCUGUUCUCUGAUCAGAUGUGUUUGCUUUUGAUUUGAAGUUCUUGMACUUCUCACUUGAUUGUAUUGUACAACUCUGAGGAAUUUCGUGCUUCGUUGAGCCCGGUUAUCACACUACUAAUAGUUACAUAACUGCAGCCUAUAGAACUGGACAACUAAAAAAAGCGUUCUGCUUGUGUUCUAACAUGGAUUUCAUAUAUUGUUUAUAUGUCUUUAUAAUUAAACAAACACGUAUAUCUAUA